UAUCAAGAAAAAUAAAUUGAUUUCAUGUUUUCAGAUGAAUGUGAUGAAGUCGGAUCUGGGGAUGGAUCUGGUUGUGUUGAAGGAAGUGGAAGUGGACAAGGCCCAAUUGAUGGAGAAGGUUCUCGACAUGGAUCCAAUGAUGAUCUAAGAAAUAGAAUUAGAUCUGGUGAAAAAGAUUCUGAAGCUACAAUUAGCACAACAAUUGAAAAUAAUUUGUCUGCAACGAGUCCAAGUAAUAAAAAAAGCAUUAAUGCUAAUGUUACUACCAGCAAGACGACUCAAAGUGUUGACAAUGAAGAUGAGGAAAGUUAUGAAGACAUGUCUGGAGAUGGAUUCGAUGAUGAUCUAGAAAUUGGAAUUGAAUAUGAUGAAAAGGUAGGCUCGUUGGAGAAUGUGCAGGAUACUUUGUUUGUACCACCUAUCAUGGAUGAGGUAAAAGACAUGGAUGAGAUGACGAGUCAAAAUCACAAAGAAAAUGUAACUGGUCAAAACAAUUCUGGAUAUACAAAAAGUGAUUCUGGUAAUAGAUCUGGUGAAAAAGAUUCUAAAACUGUAAUUCAAAAUGAUCGUAUUUAUUAUGAAACUGAUACUAAUACCAAUAUAACCAUAAUUAAAAAUAAUGUUUCUGUAACGAGUCCAAGUAAUAAUGAUAGCAUUGUUGUAAGCACUACUAAAAUUACUGUCACUGAUAAUAUUAUCAGCACGACUCAAAAUAAUGGCAAUAACGAUGUUAAAAACACAAUCGAAAUUAAUGUUAAUCUUACUACCAGCAAGACAACUCAAAGUGAUGACAAUGAAGAUGUUGAAAAAUCAACUGAAACAAAUGUUUACACAAAUUUUCUCAAUAAUCUAUGA